CAGUUCAAACUGUUCAAACUGUUUAAACUGUGCCCUCGGCCUGGUUAAUCAUUAACUCAUCCCUGAGUUCAUCCCGGCAGCAGGAAGCUGAGCUCGGUGCCGGAUCAGGACGAGCUGCUCCGGCUGGUUUUCACCUGUCCAGGUGUUCCUCUUCCUCCUCUUUCAGGGGAUUUCACCUGCUCACGGUAAAAGUUUCCGUUUUAAUUCAGACCUGUUCGUCAGGAACGUCAGAGAAAGUGAAAGCAAAGUGGAGGUGAUAUAACAGGAAGGAGAACUGGCACCGUCCCACUUUGUACCUGAGCAGCUGGAUGUGAGAUGACGGACAAGCCGACCGAACACUCAGACAAGGACAGCGUGUCCCUCAAGAGCAAUGGGAGGACGCCGACCAACGGAGCCACGAAGCAGACGCUGGGCAUGAUCCAGACGCUCAGGAAGAGCAUCCGACGAGCGGCGGAGAAGAGCCCGCUGUCACCCGGGGGAAAGGGGUCAAAGGUCACGCCUAAAACGAAGACGCCCGGCGAUGAUUCGAGCUCACAGCCGCCUCCGUCACCCAGUCUGAGCUCCGGCUCUCCUUCGACCUCUCCUCUGAAGAACAUCAGAGGCUUUUUCCAGAAAAAAGAGGAAGACGACGCCGACGUUCCUUCACAGAAAAGUGAAGGUCUAAAACGCUCCAAGACAGAUCCCAAUAUCGGCGCCACCCUCUUGCAAAGAGGAGCAGACAUCCGUCGAAGCCUGAGAUUCGGAACGAAGAAGGACAAGGAUAAAAAUGGCAAACAGGAGUCGCUCAUUCCCGUCGCCGAACACGUACUGGAGGAGAAGGAGGAGGAAAAAGAGGAAGAGGAGGUGGUGUUGGAGGAGGUUGAGGAGGCGUACACGCUGCCAGAAAUGCCACACACACCACUGUCAGUGAUGCAGAUCAACAACCUGAUCCAGAUGGAGGUCCUGGAGGAGGCUCACCUGAACCUGCUCGCCCUGCGGCUGGAGUUCAACCAGGAGCGGGAAAAGUGCGAGGAGGACUCCCCCAUGGAGCUCGCCAAGAAAGAGAAAGACCUCAACAUCCUCUACGGAAACCUGAGGGAGAAAAUCCACAUCAUAGUGCGAGACUCCAAUUCUCUUCCCUCCAGAAACAAAGCGCUGCUGGUUCACGUGGCCCGUAUUAUCCAGGAGGAGGAGAGGAGAGCCGAGGAACCCGGCGGACUUCAGAGCAGCUGGAGGGAGGUCUGGAGGGAGGCGGUGGCCGAGGGUGUGCAGGUGAAGGUGGAGAAGGUUCACCUGGAGCCGAGGGAGCAGAACGCCUCCUGGUUGGCGGUUCACCUGGGCCUGCUGGGUAAGACCAUCGUGGAGGACUUGGAGAACGUGAAGAAGGCGCUGCGCUCGUCGUACCCUCCCAGCUUUAAAGUCUUCAGCGCCUACGUGAAGAGUUACCACACAGUCGUCGGGCAGCACCUGAAGAAGCUGGAGCGGCAGGUGACGGAGCUCAAAGAUCUGUACACUCUGCUGAACUGGAUCAUCAACAGCUACAAGAGUGAGAAGAUCAUGGGAAGUCAGUCUCUGCAGCCGGAAAUGAGGGAUGAGAGCAUGGAUCUGCAGCUGGAGGACGACUUCCUGAAGCAGCUGAAAGACAAGUACUGCUGCAGAGUGAAGGUGGACAUGAGAUCUUCUCUGGAUAAACUCAUUGAACUUGAAAAUGAGGAAAUUUGGAAGGACAGCAAGACUCCAGAGAAGGAGGAGGACCUUCUCAUCUCCCAGAUUCACAUGGACAUCUGGACGAAGGUGAAAGGAAACACGUCAAACUCUGGACGAAUCGAUGCACAGCUGGAGCAAAAAGUGAUCUCCUGCUGCCUCGAAGAACUGAAACAGUUCCCCAAGAGAUUCGAGGCGGAGUUCAAGCGUCACUGCGAUGCACACUCCCUUCGGACGGAGUAUCAGAUAACCUAUAUCAACAGCUUCAACGCUUUACAGGAGCACAUGGAGGGGUACCAGGACUCCUGUCCGAAUGAGGUGGAAGGCUUCAGGAAGGAGGUGAAGUGGCUGAUCGUGAGGCUCCUGCAGGACCUGGAAGACCAGUUCAAAGAAGAUGUCAAGCCGUUUCUCCGGAGGAUGAUGACGAGGAAGUGGCUCACCAACGACGACGACUUUCAGAUGCUUCACAAUCGGACGAAGCAGCUUUCCCUGCACUGCUCCCAAAUGAGGCCUCCACACGUCCAGGAGCUUGCAAGCAAACUGCACUACCACGUGGUGAGGGAAUACGUCGGGCAGCUGAUGAAGAAUAACUACUCGUGCAAAAACCGGAAACACGAGAUGGCAGCUGCAAAGAUCCGCAAACAGUGGAAUCAGCUCAGAGAUUUGUUUGAAGACAUGUCGACUCACGAGUGGCUUCACCCUGUGGGAGACGACCUGAGUGACAUCAUCACACAGAAAAACAAGGCGGACAUAAAGAACCACCUGCAGCCCAUCGUGGAGCAUUACCCAGACUUCAGCAAGAAGCACCUGGUUGCUGUUUUGAACUUCAGAGGUCUGCUGAGAGGCCGCGAACACCAGCUGAUCCUGCAGAAACUUACACAGCUGAAGAAGGAACUGGGCAGCGCUGCUGGCAACAAGAGCCAAGUUUUAUUUGGUGACAUGCAGGUCACAGUCAACACGGACUGCUUGUCCAGUCUGCCUUUCUCCUGCCUCAACUUCUGCAGCCCGAUAACUAGUGCAACAUGAUGGACGAGUCGCUGAGUGGAGGAAACAUAAGAGGUGGAGUCUAAAGGUUUCCUAUUGUAGAAAGUGAGAUUGUAAUUAAUAGGUCCUGUGUAAAUAUUGGGAAGUACCAAAAUCCCUUUAAUCGAGCUGCCAGGACUUACCGGGAGGUUGUGAUGUCACAACUGUGGUUGGCUCGGCCAGACGUCACUCGGAAAACAUUCAGCCAAUCAGAAGACAGCCUUGUUAAUCUUAACGAGACAAAACGGUUCUUGCUGGACCUCCGGAACAAAAUGUGAAGAGUUGUUUUUUUGGUACUUAAAACUACAAAUAUAUCUUCACAUGGAUAUCACAACUUCAAACUUCUGCUGAAUUAUUUUCAUUUAUUUCCUUUUAUUGUCCGCAAAUCCUGUGAAACUCCCCUAAAUCCAACAACGGGCCUCAUGUAAGAACCACUCGUGGCAUCAUAUAUCAUAUCUGAAAUAAUAACUUAAUGAAUGAGAGUUUAAAUAUCAGUUCAGUUUAGUUUGUUAUUAAAACGCAAAGAAAUGAAACAGAAUAAAUUAAAAUAUUUUGCUGCAUCGUAGCUCAAAGAACGAAUAACCUGACGUCAAAGUCUGAGUUAGUUGGCCUCACAGCUUCUUGAAGGAAGUCUUGUUCUUCUGGCUUUGAGGCGCUCUGCUUCUGCACCUGCUGACAUAAACGUCCUCCAGGGAAAGGAAGCUGCUGGUGGUUAUUAAACCACUUGUUGCAGCCACAGCACAGUCAGUGAUGGAGGAUGUCAGUACGCUCUCCUUCCUGAUGGUGCUGCCUGUGUUGGUGGCCCAUGUGAGGUUGUUGGAGAUGCAGAUGCAGGUAUUUAACAGCUGCCUCUCCGUCUGAAGUCCACAACUGUCUCCUCGGUCUUUCCCACACGGAUGCAGCGAUCGUUCGCUCUGCUCUUCCACCUCCUGCCUGUAAACAGAUUGUUGUUGAUGUGUGAUUUUAAUUGGCAGAUUUAGUUUGUUGGUUUUGGUCUUUUCACAGGAGUUGGUGACAAAAAAACAUCUAAAAUCACGGCGGCAUUAUUCUUAAAAUGAAGUUUUAUUGAAUCUCAUAAUGGAUGUUGACUGUAUACUGUAGCCCAGCAGAUGACAGAACUUACUUCUGUUUUAUUAAAAGCAAAAAUAAGUUCAUUUAUGUUUUUACUUACAAGAUUUAUCAAACACGUUGUAUGUAGUGCCUUACGUAUGAGAGUGUUUCCAGCAUUGUGAGCGAUUGCACAGAUAUUUUCUGGGAAUAUUUCUCCAGCUCAUCUGGAUCAAAUUUAAAGUUUGAGGGGGUAAGGAGGUUGUGCAACUUUCCAUGUGAAAGAAUCUGAAGCUUUCGGCAGAUGGAAGAAAUAAAAGAUGUGUUCGCUGUGAAGAGGUUUUUUUUCCUCUGGAAUUCAACUCAUUUUAUUGGACUUUAGUUUGAGUUUAAAGUCUCAGAUGAACUAAUUCAAACUAUAAGACACAGAAACUCUUUGCGUGCCUGAAUGUUUUGUGAAUGUGUCAUGUGCCGCUGGUCGAGGAACUGAACCUUUCAGAAUGGGAAAUUUGCCAAGUUCCUCUGUGUAAUUUGUACGUUUCAAUUCUCUAACUGUUAAAUCUGUUUUUGUCUUAAAUCAUUCGUGUAUUGAAUUGUUUCUCUGUGUGAGCAUAGACUUUAAUAUGUCGUAUCUCAGGAUGGUUUUUCAGGAAUUUAAAUGUACAAAUGGAGCCAAAAUGGGUUAUAAAGUCUUUGAAACCUAUUUAAUCUAUUUUUAAUA